UGCCCCCUCUGCCCACCAUGUUCGCUGCUGCCCCUGCCUCUCCGCGCACGCCGGGCGGCUCGGCCCGCCGGGCCCUGGGGGCCGCUGGGGGCUCCGUAUCCCGGCCGGGCGGCAGGAGAAACCUGGCCCUGGGGACGCCGGUUGGCUCUCCCGCGCUCUUCUCCCCGGCGGCCAGGAGGAGCGGCUCCCUGUCAGCGCGAGCUACACCAACAAGAGUCAUACAGCACCCUUCAGCAAGCGAGACCAUCAACUAUGAUGUUAAACCUUUUGGAUCCUCUCUCCCUGUUAAGGUUAUGGAGGCCCUAAGAAUGGCUGAUGCUGAUGACCAGUUAAGUGUCCAAGUGGAUGAAAGUGGCUGGGCCUGGCUAGUCUACAAAGAGAGGCUGACUGUUUGGAAAAUUGGUCAAUCACCAGUUGCAAAGUUAUCUGUGUGCAAGGAACUUCAGUUACCACCCAGCGACUACCAAUGCAGUUCUUGUUUGACAGCUAUAUCUUGUCUCAGUACCUCAGGUGAAGCUCCUUCUCUGCAGUCUCUGUCAGUAAUGGUUGCUACCAGUGAAGGAUCCAUACGUUACUGGCCCAGUCUUGUGCAUGCAGGUUCCUAUAUGGAGACAUCUACAGACUUUGGAGGCUCUUUGUGCAGUUUCCUAACAGCAGUAAAGGGAGGAAGUUUUAUUUUAUCUUCUUCAAGGGGCCAGUUAGUUCGAUUAAUUCCAGAUAGUUCUGGGAAGAUUCACCAGCAUGUCCUGCCUCAGGGACAAGGCAUGUUUUCUGGAAUUGGCCGAAGGGUUUCUUCUCUGUUCGGUAUUUUAUCUCCAAGUAACGAUGCUGUGCUUUCUAGUGUUUUUUGGGACAAAGAGAGAUCAAGUUUUUAUACACUGACCAAUUCUAAUCUGAACAAAUGGGAGAUUGAUGAUUCUGUAGAGCGUCAUGUUCUCAGCUGGGAUAUCAGCAGGAUUCUUAAAGAGCACAUCACAGAUGCAAUUUGGGGUUCUGAAAGUAACUAUGAGGACAUUAAGGGAGGAGUCAAUAUUCAGUAUUUGGAUUUGCAGCAAAAUCGUGAGGGUCUGGUGAUUUUGGCUGCAGCAUGGCAUCUUGGAGACAGUCCAUGCCUCAUCUACUACACUCUGAUAACAGUAGAAGACAAAGGUUACCAGAUGUCUGAUGAUGUUGUUGUGGAGGUCACCCAAUAUAAUCCACCUUUUCAGUCUGAAGAACUGAUAUGCUGUUUGGUGGUCCCAGACUACUUAAGCCAUGCUGCCUACAUGUAUACUGAAGAUGAAGUCUUUGCUUGCUCAACUGGAACUGGAAGAAUUUCUUUUCCACAUGAAAAAAUCCUAUUCAGUGCACCAGGAGAUAGCAUUUUAGGAGCAGGCUCCUGUACUGGACUCCCCAUCUUUUUCACUAGAAAAAGUGGGCUUGUGACUAUCUUUUCUAGGGAAAAUGCUUCUGUGCUUCCUGAAGACCUUGAGGAUUCCCUAUCAUCUUCUGUAGCAGGGCCAAACAAUGAGAGUCCUGCAUUUGAUACAACUGCAAGAACAGAAAUCAUAGCACAAGAGGAUAAGACUAAGUUACUGAAAGCUGCUUUUCUGCAAUACUGCAGAAAAGAUAUAAUCAAUGCACAAAGCAUGGUAGUUGAGCUUUUCCCACCCAAUGCAGACCUGGAUCCUGAUGCUGAACUGGAUAGAGCAGUGACUCAAAUCAGUGUGGACUUGGUAGAUGACUACCCUGCUUCUGACCCAAGAUGGGCUGAAUCUGUACCUGAAGAAGCAGCUGGUUUGAGCAACACAUCCCUUAUUCUCCUUCAUCAGCUGGAGGAUAAAACAAAAGCCCAUUCCUUCUUCAUUGACUUCCUUCAUCAGGUUGGCUUAUUUGAACAGCUGGGGAGUUUUCCAGUGAGAGGGAAGCCAGUAGCAACUCGACUGUUGCUCUGUGAACAUGCAGAAAAGUUAGCAGCAGCCAUUGUUCUCAAGAACCAUCACUCCAGGCUGCCAGAUCUUGUGAAUGCUGCCAUAUUGAUUGCUCUAAAUAAAAGAGAUUGUGACAUUCCGCAGAGUCUUACUCCUGCUGAUGUUUUCUUCAGAGAGGUAUCCCAGAUAAACACAAUCUUUGAAUGCUUACUAGAACAGGAAGAACAAAUCUUGAAGGCUACGCCAAUUGAAUCAGUUGAGUGGGCCCAGAUAGUUGUCAACGUGAACAGCAUAAUAAAGGAUAUGCUACACGCUGCCAGCCAGUAUCGCCAUUCUCGAGCCUCUUUAUAUAAAACGGGAGCCCUCCCAGAAGGGGAACCUGAAUAUGUUCCAUGGACAGCUUCUAGUGGUCCUGCUGGCACACGAACAGCUAUAGUACGUCAACAUGGAAUAAUUCUAAAGGUGGUGUAUCCUCAGGUGGACAGUAACCUCCGUAGCAUUGUGGCUGAACAGUUGGUGGCACUUUUAGAUUGCUUUCUUGAUGGCUAUGUCUCUCAGCUUAAAUCUGUGGAUCGACCUGCUGAUCAAGAGAGGUACAGCAGUCUGGAAAUGGAAUAUGUACAGAAAAGAUCAGAACUCUUGUCUCCUCUUCUUUCCCUGGGACAGUACCAGUUGGCAGCUGCUUUAGCAGAGAAAUACUGUGACUUUGAUAUCUUGGUACAAAUGUGUGAGCAGACUGAUAACCAAGCCAGACUACAACGUUAUAUGACCCAGUUUGCUGAUCAGAAUUUUUCAGACUUCCUGUUCCGGUGGUACUUAGAAAAAGGAAAGCGAGGAAAGCUGUUAUCUCAGCCUGUUGCUCAGCAUGGACAACUGGCCAGUUUUUUGCAAGCUCAUGAACAUCUUAGCUGGUUACAUGAAAUAAAUAGCCAGGAUUUGGAAAAGGCUCACAGAACCCUACAGACUUUGGCAAAUAUGGAGACCCGGUAUUUUGCAAAGAAGAAAACACUUCUUGGCUUGAGUAAACUAGCUGCAUUGGCAUCUGACUUUUCAGAAGAUGUACUGCAAGAAAAAAUAGAAGAAAUAUCUGAACAGGAGCGUUUCCUAUUGCAUCAGGAGACCUUGCCGGAACAGCUACUUGCUGAGAGGCAGUUGAACCUCAAUGACAUGCCUGUAUUGACUGCACCCCAGCUCAUUGAUCUAUACAUAUGUGAUGAGAACAGAAGGGCUAAUGAGUAUGACUUCAAGAAAGCACUUGAUCUGCUGGAAUAUAUUGAUGAGGAGGAGGAAGUGGAUGUAAAUGAUCUUAAACUUAAAAUUCUGUGCAAGGCUCUUCGAAGAGAUGGUUGGUCCAGUUCAGAAGGUAAAGAUGAUCCAAUUGAAGCAUCCAAAGACAGUAUAUUUGUGAAAAUAUUACAGAAAUUAUUAAAAGAAGGAGUUCAGCUCAGUGAAUAUUUACCAGAGGUGAAGGACUUGCUACAGGCAGAUGAACUUGGCAACUUGAAAUCCAAUCCUUACUUUGAAUUUGUGCUGAAGGCAAACUAUGAACUGUAUGUUCAGGGACAAGCAUGAUUUUUUUUAACAUUUUUGAAAGUACAUUUUUCUAAAGAACUAUUAAAACAAUGUAUAAUUUUUUACAUGCUGUUCUUACUUUGCUAAAUCUUUAUAAUAAAAUGUAUACAGUAAGUCA